AUGUCUGUUGAAGCGCAACGCGCUGCGUCCCUUGUUGACGCGGAGAAGAAGGCACUCGAACUCUUCAAGGAGAUUGAGAAGGACCUCAUCCGGCCUGGCAUCAGAGAGAAGGAGCUGAACGACCAGAUCCACGCCCUGGGCGAAUCCCGCCACGGAGUGCGGACGCACUGGCACAAGCGCGUGAUCCGGAGCGGACCCAACACAUUGGCUCCCUUUGAGGACAACCCGCCGGACCGCGUCAUUGAAGAAGACGAUAUGCUCGUCGUCGACCUGGGCCCCGUAUUUGAAGAAUGGGAAGCCGAUUUUGGACGAACCUAUGUCCUCGGCAAUGAUCCUCACAAGAAGAAGUUGCGCGACGCGCUGGAGCCCAUCUGGCAUGAGGUCAAACAAAAGUAUCAGGCGAACCCCGACAUGACGGGCGAAGAACUCUACGAGAUUUCCAGUCAAGCUGCCCGAGAAGCGGGUUUCGACUUUGGUGCCCCCAUUGCCGGUCACAUUGUGGGCAACUUUCCUCAUGAACGCAUUCCCCGCGACAAGAUCUCUCUCUACAUCACACCCGGAAACAAUGAAUCUCUAAACACUGUUGGAAAGGAUGGGAACAAGCGACACUGGAUUCUUGAGAUACACCUCCGGGAUACGGCUCGCGGCUUUGGUGGAUUUUUUGAGCAAAUAUUGACUGCCGAGUAA